CUACGAGUCUAGUAAUUACGCUACAUUUUUUCCCAUAAUCGCGUAAUCAGUGGGGUGAAGUAUAGUGCUCGCAUCGACACUCUCUCUUCCUUGUCGAAAGUUCGUACGUGGUGUUAGCGCUGUAGGCCCGGGUAGUAAGAAGCUCUAGUGCUACGAUUACGAUCUAACUUCGGAUUGGUUGCUGAAUAAACAGUGUCGUUUUAUAGUGCAAAAGUUCACUUGAUUCGAUCGUAAUUGAGCUACCUGCCAGCCACAGAAGAACAAUGCAGCGUAGAAGAGUUCUGGGAAAGCGACUCUAUGGUGAAUUUACUGCCAAUGGAUUCAGUGCCAAGCGGAAUCGUUCCGAUCAGGAAGUGCCGACGAUGGAGGAUGCUGCUGCUUCUUCGUCGUCCCCGGUGGUGCCGAUCCCGGGCAGCGGAAUUCGACGACCCAGCAAGGAGAUUCUGGCGAAAGUUCCUCGCUACGGUACCCCGGUCGAGCGAAAAAAUCGAGUCCGUAUGGCCGGACCGUACGUGAUCGGUCACGAGCUGGGUACCAGUCCGGGCGUUCCGCAGACCCAGUACCUGGCCAGAAUGGAAAACACCAACGAGUUUUACUUGCUUAAGAUCCUUAGUUACGACUUCGAAACCGAACUGACCAGCAAAGAAACGCAGCAGGGGAAAACGCUGCUGCAUACCGAGUAUACGCUGCUUUCGCUGCUGGCCGAUCUCGACGGGGUCAUUCACCAUCACGGAUUAUUUUGUGAUUACGCUCUAGAGGAAAAGCAACUCGAGACGGCAGAUCGCACCGCCCAAUGGAUCUACACCGGAAAGGUGAAGCGUCGAUUGAUUCUGGUGCUGGACUGCGUGCAUGCGCACGAGUUCUGUGAGCGUUCGGCCGCGUACGUGAAUCUCCAGAAGUACGUCCAGACGCACAAGUUCUCCGAACUGGAAGCAUUGAUGGUGUUCUACGAAAUCGUCAAGGUCGUCGAGCAACUGCAUGAGCGCAACGUCAUCCAUCGGGAUCUGAAGCUGAAUAACAUCGUGCUGAACAGACGCACCAAUAAAAUUGUGAUAACGAACUUCUUCCUGGCGAAACACCUGAACAGCGAGGAUGACAACCUGUUCGAUCAGCGAGGAAGUCCGGCCUACAUUUCACCCGAUGUGCUGGGCGGGAAACCGUACAAGGGUAAACCGUCCGACGUGUGGGCACUCGGGGUCAUUCUGUACACCAUUAUCUACGGGAAAUUUCCGUUUCUGGAUACCACCCCUUCGGCUUUGUUCAAAAAGAUUCGCCAAGCGGAUUACGUGAUUCCAAUUGACAUCAAAACCAGUUCGCUGACGAUUCAGCUGAUCAAAUCGAUGCUAACGUUGAACCCGAGCGAACGUUUCACUGCCACCGAAGUACGCCUCGAGCUCGAACGAACCAUCGCUAGCCUGCGCGGUCCGAGGAUCGAAAUCGAUCAGAUCGUUCCGGAGGUGGACGACUUCGAGCAGACGGCCGAAGAACGGAACAGCAAAAACACUCGCCAAAACGCCGAUGGCAAACCGACCUAUCCGAGUCACGAGUUGUCGCGGGAAUCGUUCACGCGACUGCUCGAAUCGGGCGUCCAUCGAAGGGAGAACGAGAGUUUCCUGCGACCGCGGUCGCUAGGAACACGAGUCGGUUCGAUGCGAAACAAUUCGACCAUCAUCCGUAGUUUCACUGCCGGAAACCAUCGCUUGCCCUUGUUCGGCAAUGCUUCCAGAGCAACGACCUCAACUCCAACCCCUAUUAGCAGAAAUCGUUCAACAAGUUCAAACGAAUCGUUCGUUGUCCGGUCUCCAAAUAGCAGGCCCGAACUGGUACAGGUCCGCCUGGCUCCAAUAAGUUCCCCAACCUAUGCUCAAAUGCUAGCCGAUAACCAACAAUUUCAACCACAAUUACCGCCGAGCACACUCCAACCUCCGCAGCGAUCCGUUCUAGUACAGGUGGACGCGCAAGCAUUGAAUCAAAUCAUCAACUUCCAGGAUUCGGGCCGACUUCCUUAUCCGCUUCUUCCGCCACAUCCGCCUUCACCACCGACCGCUGCAGCAACGGCACCGGUUGUCACUGCCCAACCAUCACCGGCAUCAUCAUCAGCACCAUCAUCAUCAUCACCAUCAUCGUCAACAUCAUUCCAAAGCCCAGGUAUUCAAAAUCUCUUCUCAGCGAUGAAUGACAUGUUUGCGCGGGGCCGUAUGCCGCCGCCGAGCCGGGACGAUUCACCGGACUUUCAGGGUGUCAUCACGCUGGAUAUGGCCAGCAAAAUCGUAACUUGGCUGCUCGCCAACUUCCGAAACCACGCGGUGAUUCGGGAAAUUUUCGGCAGCACUUCCGGUAAUAAGGUCAACAAUGUGCUCGAACUGCUGCGCCGGUUCGGCGUACAGAUGGAAUCCCGAAGCGGAAAUGCCGUCAUCAAGGUGGAGCAAACGCUCGAUAUCCUCAUGUUUAUGACCUAUUUGCUGCAGGUUGCCGGAAUGAAUAAUAAUUACUUUCUGAACUCGUACUGAUUGGGGCCUGGCAGCCGGUCGGUAGUGGUCGGUGUCGUUUGGCGAAGGAGUUCAGAACCAAGUCUAACAGUAAGCACGGUUCAAACGUAAAUAUUCGAUAUUCUCGAAGAGACAUGAAUAAUGCUUAGGGCAUUUUCCAGUGGAAAGAAUUUACUUUGAAAUAAAGAACAUUAAC